GAAAAAUCUGGGGACAGCAAGUUAGACAGGAGGAUGAGUUUAAAGGUCCCCUUUUCUGCAAAAAUCCUACAUCACUUAAUACCGUCUUUUCUAUACCAUUUUUGACGUGGCUUUUUGUAUUUAUUUCUGUUGAAAAGCACGGAUCGAUAAAUGCUAACGUCGUUCAUUUCUAGAUCGACCAAACAAAGCACAGUAUGCAAAUGUCAAUGGCGACUUGUACAGAACAAAACCAUUACUGCCAUUCUGUUAGAGGAUUAUCUGUACUCAAAGAAAUGUCAGCGAUUACUGACAACCAACGCACGCAAACAUCAGCAACAACAGUCGAGAAAUUUAUCCAGGAUACCACGCACACAACUGCGAGCUAUAUCAACGGAAACAGAUUCAAAAGUAGAGAAUAUUCUCAAGCACCGAAACAAUACGGAAGAGGUUUUAUCUUUUGCGCUAGAUCAGUCAAAAGUUCCCAUUGCAGAAUCGCUGGUUGAGAAUACAUUUUCACUGCUACGGAAGAACAAAACGGAGGCAGCUUGGGAGUGUUACCUUGACUUAUCCCAACACAGACUACAAAGCUUUCUUUCAGCAGAUCAAUACAAAAGACUGAUAAAGCUGUUUAAUCAUAAAAGUAGUCAAGAGAAAGGCUUACAAUAUGUCUUAACGCUAAUAGAAGACAUGAAAAGCCUGGGGUACAAUAUCGGCCGAAAAGAAAAAGUGCUCUUAAUGCGAUUGCUUAGUAUCAAUGGAAACUUACAAAUUAUGGAACAAAUCUUUGAAAGCUUGAAAUCAGAAAAUCAUUUGGCCUCACAAGACUUAACGCAAGCGCAAAAACCAUUCCAUAUUGUACUUCAGGCAUAUCAUGACCAUGUGAGGAAAAUAGGCUCACUUGAGGCAGCCAAAAAAUCAAUGUCAAUUUACGAAGAGAUGAUUGAAUACAAACUCCAUCCUACUGAAAGCGCGACAAAAUUAUUGAUGCAAAACCUGAGAUAUGCGAAGGUUGUAGAUAUUAUGCUGGACGAUAUCUGGGCGUGGACAUGGAAAAGAAUAGAAAUGAAUAAUAUAGAAGUUCCCCCACAAUUAGACCCACGUUUUUUUAGGGAAAUGAUUAUUUAUUUUUCUAGUGCAGGAAGAGCUGACUUAGCUUUACAAAUUUACGACAGAAUGAUCGACAUAAAUAUACCACCUACAUUGCGUACGAUGACAGCUCUGAUACAUAAAGUAGGAAGGUCAGGGAACAUGGAGCGAUCAAUGGAGUUGUUUAAUGAUAUGGUCGUGAAAUACAAUAUUACUCCGAACCUUAUCACUUUUAAUGCCCUCAUCGAUAUUCACGCACAUAGAAAACCUCAACCCGAUAUUGAUGGUGCUGAGCGUAUGUAUCAAUCAAUAGUAGACCUUCAAUUGAAACCGAAUGAUAUCACGUAUAGCAUCUUAUUCGACAUGUAUGCUAAGGAGGCCGAUGUUAAAAACGCAAGACGUAUAUUUAAUGAAAUGGUGCGGGUACAUCGUAUAAAGCCCACUCCUUACAUAUAUUCAUCCUGCAUCGAACUUUUUAUGGCAUGCAACGAUUACGAUUCGGCGUAUAAAGUGUUAGGCUUGUUGAAAAAAGUAGCUGAUAGGCGAGCACCAUCAGCACGUGUGGUUUACAAUUUAAUGUUUAAACAACUUGUUGAACACGAUUGCAUCAAAGAAGCAUUACAAUUGCUGGAAGUCAUGAUCAAAGAGAGGAUGUCUUUGGAGACAAAAACGUUUAAGCCAAUGUUAUCACAUUUUGCCAGACGCGGUGAUGUAGCCGGAACCCAUAAAGUUGCUAGUAUGAUGACACAAGCUAAUUGCCGGCCGAAUCGUUUUACAUUCUAUUCACUAUUACAAUCCUUUGCUCGGGCGGGUGAUGUUUCUGGCGCAGAGGAGAUGUUUGAAGUCUAUAAGUCUAGGUAUCCGUUGAACACGAGUAUUUACAAUGCAAUGCUCUAUGUUUAUACAAAGCGGAGUGAAAUGGAUAAAGUAUUGAAUAUCUACAAACGAAUGACGAAAGCCUCUAUUUCUCCCAAUGAAUUUACCUAUGGUAUUUUAAUGAACUUUUACACCAAACGAAAAGAAUUGGAUGCCGUGGUCUCAUUAUUGGAUACGAUGCACACGAACAACGUAGAGCCAACUGUCGGGAUUUGGACGAUUCUAAUGGAUGCCUACUUUUUAUGUGGCCAACCUCAUGAAGGAAGACAAAUCAUAGAACAGAUGAUGAAAGCGGGUGUCCAACCAUCUUCUAUAUCCUGGGCGGUGUUGAUUAAAGGAUGUGCUACUUCCAACAUGUUAGAUGUUGCUCAGGCUAUAUUGGAUGAGAAAAUCGAUACAUAUAAGCGACAGUAUGCAAUGCAACAAAAAUCACUACUCCGGGACAAAGAGAUUCAUGAUAGCGAAACAUAUACAAAAGAAAUUCCUGAAACUUUGGAAGACUUGCUAUAUGCAAAAAAUGACUUCUCAGCAAAAUAUAUGCUCUCACCGUAUUUAUUUACACCGGUUAUAAACGCUCAUUGUACUCUAGGAAAUUAUCAAGAAGCCAAGAAGUUAUUCCAUACUAUGCGCGAUUUAUCUGUGGAAAUCUCGAUACCAACUUACACACUACUAAUGAAAAUAUUUAAAGAAACCGAGCAAUAUGACGCUGUUGAGAAAUUAUGGCGUGGACUUUACCAACCAGAAAAGGAUCAGACAGCUAUAUUUGAUAUCGACCCUCUCAUACCCUCCGUUCCCCUACCAAAAACUACCUACAAUUAUCUGAAUCUUCUAAGUUUAGAUGCAGACUUAGAAUCAGUCGAAGUUGUACCAAACAGGGUCACACCAUUUGCAUUAUCGAUAUACUUAGACACUUUGAUGGCACAGUCGCGCUUCUCUGAUAUCGACACCUUAUGGGAUGAACUUUCUCAAGACGCAUAUGGUUUUGAUGAGCACAAUUGGAACCGUUACAUUUCCGCUUUGUUGCUGGAAGGAAAGUUAAAGAAGGCUUGCAGUGUUAUACCAAAACAAUUCUUGCAAGCCUCUUUAAAAUCCGAAAGAGCAGACAAUUCUAACGUAGAAAUAGAGAAAAUUACACGUAACAGCUCCUUUAUGACCAGUGAUGUUCAAUUACACGCAAAGACAUGCAAGCUUUUUGCUGAUGCCUUUGAUAUACGUGGUGUUGAAUAUACACCUACCCCUCGACUACGUGCUACUAUCAUCAGAAGAAUCAAUGACUUUUUGGCUCAACAAAAAAAAACACUUGUAUAAAAAUCCUAUAGAUAAACUUUAUUUAUACAUGUAUCUGUAACUUGUUAAUAGAAUAGUAUAACCAACAAUGAUAAAAUGAUUGAUUUCGUGCACUUUGACUGGAAGCUCAAGCGGCCAAAUGGUUCCUCCCAAACAAUCUAUGACUUACCAUUAAUAUGUUCGCGUUACAUGCCUAAGUAUGGCAAUAGCAUUUGGGACCAUUAUAUAAGCGUUGCUUGUCAAAUGUCUCCACACCAAAAAAUUCUAUCCGGGUAAUUUCUGUAUUUACGACAAUUGGGUACUUGUAAUCAUGUUAGCAUUUUGAAUCGGUACCAUAUUAUAGAGUAUACAAUUGUAUACAAUCCCUUUUAUUAAACUCAUGUUUCGUUUCUACGUUUGAUUGGUUCUGACGUAGUUAAAAUGCUUUCAAUAAUGC